AACUUUGUGGAAAAUCCAAGCGACCAACUUGACGCUGCCGGUCAAGAGGGGUUCUUGGGAGAGGUCGGAAACAGCAGCAAAGUUUCUUGUCCGCUAUCUAUAUUUCAGCACAACCCACCUCUCCCUCUCUCACCCGCACCUCGCCGCCCUUCCUCCGGAUCUCGGCUCUGCUCGGCGGCGCCAGCAGAACGGGGUCGGAUCGGAGGCAUACGAGCGAAUCCCCCCGACAACGUAGUUCACAGCUCGAGAGGCCGGCCCAAUAGAGCAUUGAUUCCUCUGUGCUCGCCACGUCAUGGCGGCGGCGCUCAUGGACGGCGAGCUCGGGAGCCUCCUGAAGGUGACGACGGCGGUUUGGGCGGCCAUGUACUACGCCCGCAUGUCCGCCGCGGUCAUACGCCCUGGCGCGGCUCGCCUCGCCGCGCUCCUGCCCGCCGUCGCGCUCUUCUGCGCGAUCCCCUUCGCCUUCUCCACCACCACGUUCCGCGGCAGCUCCGCCUUCUUCCUCAGCUGGCUCGGCACCUUCAAGCUCCUCCUCCUUGCCGCCGGCCGCGGGCCGCUGGACCCGUCCCUCUCCCUGCCCCACUUCGUGUUCUCCGCCUCCCUGCCCGUCAAGUUCCGGCAGCCCGCCUCCGCCUCCGCCAAAGCGAAGGACCAAGAUCCCGCUUCGGGCGGCCCGGCCAAGAUCCUCGUCUCCGGCGCCGUCAUCCCCUUCAUCAUCUACGCGUACCAGUUCAAGGACGCGAUGCGCCGGUGGCAGCUCGUCCUCCUGUACACCGUGCACAUCUACUUCUCCCUGGAGCUCCUGCUGGGCUCGGUGCGCGCCGUGAUCCACGGCGUGCUGGGCAUGGAGAUGGAGCCGCAGGUGGACCGGCCGUACCUGGCUUCGUCGCUGCGGGACUUCUGGGGCCGGCGGUGGAACCUCAUGGUGCCCGCCAUCCUCCGGCCGUCGGUGCACGGCCCCGUGCGCGCGCGCCUCGGCGACUCGGCGGGGGUCAUGGCGUCCUUCCUCGUCUCCGGGCUCAUGCACGAGGUGAUGUUCUACUACAUCAUGUGGCAGCCGCCCAGCGGCGACGUGACCGCCUUCUUCGUCCUGCACGGGGCGUGCACCGCGGCGGAGGGGUGGUGGGCGCGGCACGCCGGGUGGUGGCGCCCGCCGCGGGCGGCCGCGGUGCCGCUCACGCUGGCGUUCGUGGGCGGGACGGGGUUCUGGCUCUUCUUCCCGGCCAUGAUCAGGGGCGGGCUGGACGAGCUCGCGCUGCAGGAGUGCCAGGGCUUGGUGGCGGCCAUGGAGCAGGCCGGCCGGUGGCUCGCCGGCGGUGGCGGCGGCGGCGCCGGUCCCAUUCUUUCCACCCGCUGACCGUGACCAGCAGAAAACAUUCGCUGUGACGAGAUAUCGAGCGUGUGCCGUACGAUUAGGAUCCAAAGGGUGAUAGGAGUAUACUGCUUGAGAUGUGGACUGGACUGUGGUAGACUUCGGAUCUUGGAAGAUCGUGAUUGAACCCAUUCAUUGAUCAAUAAUAAUUAAUUAAAUA